GGAGAUAGGGUCCUUCUUUUGGUCCUCUGGAGCGCCAAGGGAGCAACAAGGAGCCAAUCUUUGAUCGAUCGGCUUCUGGAGAGCAUUCUUAUCCAAUCGUCCUCUGCUGGCACUCUCGAUUGUUUGUGAUUUCUCGGGGAUUGGAUCGGCGAUGGGAAUGGAGAAUGUCGGCUGGCUGUAUGAAUUCCUGGUGGCAAAAGCGGCAGAGAUUUCGGCGGCAGGAUCUCAGCGUGCGGCCGUGAUCUCGAUCUCGCUCUUCGUAUCGUUGCUGUGCGUGUGCAUUGUCAUCGGCCAUUACUACGAGGAGAAUCGCUGGCUGAAUCAAGCGACCAUUGCGAUUAUCCUGGGUUGUGCUGUCGGCUUCGUGAUCUAUAUCCUCAGCAACAAUGCCGAGCUUUUGAGCUUUGACGAGCAAUUGCUUUUCAUCUACCUUCUUCCUCCUAUAAUCUUCAAUGCGGGCUUUCAAGUGAAAAAGAAGCAAUUCUUUCACAACUUUGGAACGAUCAUGCUCUUUGGCGGAUCCGGUGUCUUGAUCUCGGCAUCCAUCGUCACAGCUGGAUGCAGGUACAUGUUUCCGCGGCUAAAACUUGGAAAUCUGCAAAUGAGAGAUUACUUGGCUCUUGGGACAAUCUUCUCGGCGACAGACACUGUGGCAACUUUACAGUUGCUGCACCAAGACGAAACUCCUCUACUUUACAGUCUUGUGUUUGGGGAAGGGGUGGUUAACGAUGCAACCGCUGUUGUUUUGUUCCGAGCUGUUCAGAGGUUUGAAGAGGCUGGAUUGGAUGGAAAAGCAGCGCUGAGAAUGAUCUAUGAAUUUGUCUACCUCUUCUCAGUGAGCACCGUGCUUGGAGUUGUGAUUGGACUGAUCGCAGCUUAUGUUCUCAAGAGUCUAUACUUCGGGAAGCACUCCACGGAUAAAGAGAUUGCACUGAUGGCUUUGAUGGCGUAUCUGUCUUAUAUGCUGGCUGAGUUAUUCCAAUGGAGCGGGAUACUUUCGGUUUUCUUUUGCGGCAUUUUCAUGUCCCACUACGGCUGGCACAAUGUUUCUGGCAGUUCCAAAAUCACAUCCAAGCAUGCUUUCGCUACCUUUUCUUCCAUUUCCGAAAGCUUCAUGUUCUUGUACGUGGGGACAAAUGUUUUCAACGUGAACAUAUGGCAACUUGUUGAUGUCAGAGCCGCAUCACUGAGUUGUGCUAUGCUGCUGGCGCUAACUUCUCUCGGGAGGGCGGCAUUUGUCUUUCCAAUGUCCGCCAUCUCCAACUAUGCCCGUGGUUCAUCAAGCGUGAAGCUGCGCUUUAGGCACCAGGUGAUUAUUUGGUGGUCCGGGAUAAUGCGGGGAGCAGUCUCCAUCGCCCUUGCGUACCAGCAGUUCUCAACGUCAAGUGGAACCAUGAACACGGACUAUGCAACCAUGAUCUAUAGCACAACUGGAGUAGUACUCUUCACAACCUUGGUGGUGGGAGUUGUCACAAAACCGCUGAUUGCAACACUACUCCCUCACCACUUACGGCAUUUGGAGCCUUCGUCCCCGAAAGACGAAUCUUGCGAAGAAGCAAACGAAGAUGGCUCGUCAAUCUUUCUCCGGCGCAGCAGCCUCAGCAUGCUUCUCGCCAAUCCAACCUCGGCGGUGCAUAGUCUGUGGAGAGGCUUCGAUGAUUCUUACAUGCGACCAUUCUUUGGAGGUGGCGGCCCUGUUCGCGACAGUGAUGCUUGGGAAGCCUAGUAAAAAUUAGGGCGGGCUCGAGGUACAAGGAA